AUGACACAAGCUAGUUGCACUCUUCGCCUUUUUCGAACUAUUCGUCGAAAAAUAUAUUCUUCACAACGGAAACUUUCCAUAAGCGCGGGUCUGCUCCAACAAAAAGUUUUCAAAGGUGAUGCCAAGCCAUGCAACUUCGAUUUCGUCGUCGUGGGAGGUGGGAUUCUAGGGCUCGCCACAGCUCGCGAGUUACUCGCCAGGAAUCCUUAUCUGAAACUGGCGGUGGUGGAAAAAGAUUGCGAAUUGACCACUCAUCAAUCGACACGAAACCCCGGACUCAUCCACUCCGGAAUUUAUUGCACGCCGGGAACCCAAAUACAGAAGCUCUGUGUCAAGGGCGGGCAACUGCUGUCCGAGUGGUGUCAACACGUCUGCGUACCGAUCAAAAAAACCUGCAAACUCAUCGUGGCGACGGACAAGUUAGAAACCAAGCGUUUGGACGAACUCUUCGAGCGCGCCUGCUACAUGAACAUCCCCGGCAUAAAGUUGCUGGACGGGCUGUGUGAAAUCCAAAGGGUGGAGCCCAACUGCGAGGGCUGCCGGGCCAUCCGAGUGCCUGUCGGAAUGGUCUGCUGGGAAGCGGUGGCCAAGAGUUUCGCCGACGAUAUUCGCAGUCGGGGAGGGCGAAUCUACACGGGCUUCCGGGUGGACGGCUUCGCCAAGAACUACUCGGGCAACGAGUGCGAGAAGAGGAAGUUCCCGGUCAGCGUGUUCGGCCACGAGCGCAGUCUGAAUGCCUCUUUCGUGACGAACCUUUGCGUUUCUUUGGACAGGUUCGCGGUGAUGACCGGCGGCAACAAGUGUCCCAUGAUCUUCCCGAUGCGCGCGCACUACCUGCGCCUCAAGUGCAGCGCGCGGCACCUCAUCCGAGGCAACAUCUACCCCGUGCCCGACCCCUGCCUCCCGUUCCUGGGCCCGCACUUCACGCGCUGGGCCAGCGACAGUUCCGUGUGCGCCGGCCCCAACGUCAUGCCGGCGUCCCAGCGGGAAGGGUACAAGAUCACCAACCUGAGGGACGUGUGGGAAAUGGCAACGUAUCGCGGCUUCUGGGCGACACGUCCUUCACAGUUCUCAAUAGGAACCAAAGGAGUUAUGUCGCACGUAAAUAUCUCGAAGCAGAUCAAAAGGCUGCAGAAGUACGUUCCAAGAAUCCAGCCUGAACACGUCUUACGAGGGCCCGUCAUUGUGUAUCCCAUGGCAGUCACCAGCGAAGGCGAGGUUUUCGACGACUUGCUUUUGGAGAUUUCGGGCAAGGAUGUGCCUGACAGAGACUUAAAUUAUGAGAACACUGGGGAAGACUAA